CGCGGGCCGGAGGGGCCGGGAGGGAGGGGGCCGCGGGCCGGGGAAGUGAGUUGGUGCGCGCGGGGGUGCGCGCGUGCGAGUGUGUGUGCGCGUGUGCACGCGCGUGUGCAGGGCCGGGGGCGGGCUCCGGCCCCGCCGCCUCCUCCCGCCCGCGCCCCGCGCUCCGCCGCCAACUCGGGGCCCCGGCGCGGCGGGCGGCGGGCAGCAUGCUCAGCCUCCUCGUCUGGAUCCUCACUCUCUCCGACACUUUCUCCCAAGGGACCCAGACCCGCUUCAGCCAGGAGCCGGCCGACCAGACCGUGGUGGCAGGACAGCGGGCCGUGCUCCCCUGCGUGCUGCUCAACUACUCGGGCAUCGUGCAAUGGACCAAGGACGGGCUGGCGCUGGGCAUGGGCCAGGGCCUCAAAGCCUGGCCACGGUACCGGGUCAUGGGCUCUGCAGACGCUGGGCAGUACAACCUGGAGAUCACGGACGCCGAGCUGUCUGACGACGCCUCCUACGAGUGCCAGGCCACGGAGGCCGCCCUGCGCUCGCGACGGGCCAAGCUCACCGUGCUCAUCCCCCCAGAGGACACCAGGAUCGACGGCGGCCCCGUGAUCCUGCUGCAAGCGGGCACGCCACACAACCUCACGUGCCGAGCCUUCAACGCCAAGCCCGCCGCCACCAUCAUCUGGUUCCGGGACGGGACUCAGCAGGAGGGCGCGGUGGCCAGCACGGAGCUGCUGAAGGAUGGGAAGAGGGAGACCACCAUCAGCCAGCUGCUCAUUAACCCCACAGACCUGGACAUCGGGCGUGUGUUCACCUGCCGCAGCGUGAACGAGGCCGUCCCGAGCGGCAAGGAGACUUCCAUCGAGCUGGAUGUGCACCACCCUCCCACGGUGACCCUGUCCAUUGAGCCACAGACGGUACAGGAGGGUGAGCGCGUCAUCUUCACGUGCCAGGCCACAGCCAACCCCGAGAUCCUGGGCUACAGGUGGGCCAAGGGGGGCUUCUUGAUUGAAGAUGCGCACGAGAGUCGCUAUCAGACGAACGUCGACUACUCCUUCUUCACGGAGCCUGUGUCCUGUGAGGUUCACAAUAAAGUGGGAAGCACCAACGUCAGCACCUUAGUAAACGUCCACUUUGCCCCCCGGAUCGUGGUUGACCCCAAGCCCACGACCACAGAUAUUGGCUCUGAUGUGACCCUCACCUGUGUCUGGGUGGGGAAUCCGCCCCUCACCCUCACCUGGACCAAAAAGGAUUCAAACAUGGUCCUGAGUAACAGCAACCAGCUGCUGUUGAAGUCAGUGACCCAGGCCGAUGCCGGCACCUACACCUGCCGGGCCAUCGUGCCUCGGAUCGGAGUGGCCGAGAGGGAGGUGCCCCUCUACGUGAACGGGCCCCCCAUUAUCUCCAGCGAGGCGGUGCAGUAUGCCGUCAGGGGUGACGGUGGCAAAGUGGAGUGUUUCAUCGGGAGUACGCCACCCCCCGACCGCAUUGCCUGGGCGUGGAAGGAGAACUUCCUGGAGGUGGGGACGCUGGAGCGAUACACGGUGGAGAGGACCAACUCGGGCAGCGGGGUGCUGUCCACACUCACCAUCAACAACGUCAUGGAGGCCGACUUUCAGACACACUACAACUGCACGGCCUGGAACAGCUUCGGGCCGGGCACGGCCAUCAUCCAGCUGGAGGAGCGAGAGGUGCUGCCCGUGGGCAUCAUCGCCGGGGCCACCAUCGGAGCGGGCAUCCUGCUGACCUUCUCCUUCAUCGCCUUGGCGUUCUUCCUCUAUCGCCGCCGCAAAGGCAGUCGCAAGGACGUGACCCUGAGGAAGCUGGACAUCAAGGUGGAGACGGUGAACCGCGAGCCACUCACGAUGCAUUCCGACCGGGAGGACGAUACCGCCAGCGUGUCCACUGCGACUCGGGUCAUGAAGGCCAUCUAUUCGUCCUUCAAGGACGACGUGGACCUGAAGCAGGACCUGCGCUGCGACACCAUGGACACGCGGGAGGAGUACGAGAUGAAGGACCCCACCAACGGCUACUACAACGUGCGCGCCCACGAGGACCGGCCGGCGUCGCGGGCCGUGCUCUACGCCGACUACCGCGCCCCCGGGCCCGCGCGCUUCGACGGGCGCCCGGCCUCGCGCCUCUCGCACUCGAGCGGCUACGCGCAGCUCAGCUCCUACGGCCGCGCCCCCGCGUCCGACUUCGGCCCCGAGCCCGCGGCCCCCGGGCCCGCCGCCCCCGCCGGCGCCGACUCGGCCGGCCCGCUGUCCUUCGAGAACUACGACAAGUUCAACCCCCACCCCUUCCCCGCGGCGGCCGGCUACCCCACCUACCGACUGGGCUACCCGCAGGCGCCGCCGUCGGGCCUGGAGCGGACCGCGUACGAGCCUUACGACCCCAUCGGCAAGUACGCCACGGCCACGCGCUUCUCCUACACGUCCCAGCACGCGGACUACGGCCAGCGGUUCCAGCAGCGCAUGCAGACUCACGUGUAGGCCCGGAGCGCCACCGAGCGGGGGCGCCUCUGCGGGGCAGAGGACGAGGCUCUCCCGGCCGUUCCCUGAUAUUCAGGGGCGUUGCGCGGCGCCGCGGGGGCUGCGGGGCCCGGACCGGCCUGCCGCCGCCCGGGGCAGGUGGGGAGCAGGUCUCCCGGAAACACCCCCUCCCGAGGAUGGUGCUCUGUGCAUGCCCCAGCCUCCUGGGCCUGCCCUUCCCUCUUCUUCGGGAGGACGUGUGUCUUCUGACGCGCUCUCGCCUGACCCCGGCACGGGGUGGGCCAGGGAAGCGAAGGUUGUGGAGAGCCGAGGGGGGCACUUUUUAGCAUUCCCAUUCUGUCCCCACCCCACCCCCCCUCUCUCGGCCCCCCCCUGAGUGGACAGGGCCGUGUGAGGAUGAGCAGGCCUGGGCCGAGGGGACACGCGGCGUGGGGUGGGGUGGCUCUGGCCCAGACGGGUGGGAACGGGACAGCCUGGCCGGCCCCUCUGCUCUCUGCACUCGUACCCUGGCAGCGUCCCUCCUUCCGGGGGACUGCGGAAGGCUUUGGUGGGUUUCUUGCGGCUGUGCACACCACAGCCCUGGCGCCGAGUUCAGACCCAGCCCUCAUUCGGCUGAGCCGAACGCAAGUGCCAGCCUUCCGGCUGCUCCCCGUGGACACCUGUGUGUCAGCCUUCGCAGGACCCACGUUUUCUCCAGUAGCGCCCUCCUCCUUGCCCCUCCGUGCAGGGCCAGCCAGAGAGGUCAGGGUCGUGGUGGAGACAAGAAAGGUGGGGACCCGUGUCCUGUUUGACCAGCAAGAAGGCUAUGUGCUACAGAGCAGUUUCCAGAGUCCCCUCCAGAGGGGCCCCUUCCCUCCCCAGCGGGCCCUGCGUCCUGGCUUGAACUCUUGAGCCUGGUGCCAUGAGGGUGGGAUGCUAUAGGCUGUUUUUCAAAGACGACAACAACGACGACGACAGAAACAAUAAAAACCUCAUGUGGGGAGGAAAAAAUAAAAGCUGUAGGGAUUCCCCCACCCCAAGUCCCAAUGGGAAGGAAAGGGGGCACCCGCUCACCAGAUUCCUAA